AUGACCAAAUGUUUUUGCACUAAUGAUCCGCAAGAGGAAAUUAUCGAUUGUGAUGAAUCAGUUUCAUUGUUAGAAAAUAUUUCAGGAAAAAAAGUCGAACGAGAAGACAAACAUAAAUUUUUUCUGAUGCUCCGAGACAACUUUCUCGACACAGUAAUGAAAUGUGAGCGAGGAGAAAUCGCCCCUCGAUACAAAAAAUUGCUCGAUUCCAAAGGAUAUAACAUGCAGGACAUCUUUCAGAUCAUACAACAUCCCGAAUACAAAACUCACCACGCACACUUACUUGGGAUAUUCUACGAGUAUGGGAUCGGGACGCGGAUUGAUUACGAGAAAGCCUUCGAGAGUUAUAAAACUGCCGCGGAGAAUAAUGACAUUCCGUCGUUUGUCUCCUUGGGAAAUUUGUAUAGUGAGGGAUCGGGAGUGGGAUUGAAUGUUGCGGCGACAAAAGGCAUCAAAUUCUACGAACGAGGUGCUAAGCAAGGAAACAACGAUGCCAUAUGUAAACUCGGACACUGUCAUAUGGCCGGAGUCGGGUUCCCAAAGAACGAUCGAAAGGGUCGUUUGUUUUUUGAACGUGCCUCUAGUAAUGGCCAUUCCCAUGCACAGUAUUCUCUUGGGUUCUGUUAUCGAUACGGAAGAGGUGUGGUCGAGGAUAUGCAUUAUGCGCUGAAGUUGUUUUCGAGGGCGGAUAGCGAUGAAGCAAUGGAAGAGUUUCUUGAUGCUUUUAGAUAUGAUGAAAUAUUCUGA